AUGACUCCGCUGUCCACAUUUAAUCAUGAGCAGAGGAUGAACGACCCAACUCACAGUUUUCCAUCUCGAACAUCCCCAACACGUCGAACAGGUGUUGGACAUUGGCUCGUUGCUUACAGAAAAACAGAGGAGAGACACUAUAAAAAUGUGCACAGAAGAGUCAAAGAAAGAGUCAAAGAAGCUCACAAGAAACAAGAGAACAGAGUACUUUCUGGAGGUAGAACUUUAAAUAAAGACUUUCUGCUCAGACUGCACAGUGUGGAUGAGCCCUGUGAGCUGAGCUCUGUGAACCUCAUGGAGCACCACUUACAUGAUGUGAACGACAAGGAUUUAAAUAUGUUUAACAAUGUCAUUCAAAUAGAUGCCUCUGUAAACCUCCUGUCCCUGGGUCAUUUCAAGAGUUUUGUGUCUCUGAGGGAGCUCAACCUGUCUCUGAACAGACUGCAGGACAUGCCAUUUGAUCCAGCUGACUUUCCACACUUAGAAGUUUUGGAUCUAUCUUAUAACAGCUUAUCCACAGAUGCUGUAACUGCUCUUGGUUGUCUUCCAUGCCUCAAAGUUCUCCAUUUGACUGAAAACCAACUCUGUCAUCUCCCUCCUGAUUUGAGCCUUGCCAGCCAUAACACAACUCAGCAAACCUCAAAAGACGACACAUAUUUUAAAAGUCUUGAAGUCUUGAUGCUUGACGAUAACAAACUGUCUUCUGAUGUUUUCAAAUGCUUGAGAAACUUGAGGAGAUUGAGGUACUUGAAUCUUAAAGGGAACCUCAUUUUGGAGGUCCCAUUAUUGGAGCUGCUGGACAAUUUGAAAACACAACAGACUUCAACUGAACAAAGUGAAGAGGAAAGAGAGACAGAUGGAAACAUGAGUGAUAACUUAUUGAAACUUAUGCAGUUCUUUCAGCACAAAGACUGGGACUGUAAAGACUUGACUUUUCCUUUCCCAGAACUUCAGUUUCUUAAUUUGUCUGGCAACAAGAUCGCAGAGGAGGAGGCACUGUUAGCUGUGGCCCUGUUCCCAAUGCUGUAUGAAAUCGAUAUCAGCUCUAACCCCCUGACCACUCGGCGGAGCGGAGACCCUCCUCUGCUGACAUACUACCUCCAGGACAAACUGGGUAUGAAAAUAAAGAGGAAAAAUGACCAGGAAGUCAAGAUAUUAACAAAAGUCUAUGUGGAGCCAAAGUGGAAGUUGUGUGAAGUGAUCCCAAAUCUGUGUAAAAAGACACAAGGACUGGAUCAUCAAACUCAAGCUGAAACCAAGAGGGAGACGUCCACACAACUGUCUUCUGACCAAAUCACUGAACAUAAAACAGAACAGCCCUUCUUUGUCACUGAGAUUGAAGCUGACUCUGAAUUGGACACGGAGACUCGUUUCCUGGCAAAAAACACAGAGAGCACUGUGGACUUCAAAUCCUCCCCAUGGCUGAUGGACGUUAGCCCAGACCUCACAUCACUGGACCAGCCCAUUGGAAUCCAGACAGCUGUUCGAAUGCUGGAGCACACACUGAAGAAUCUUAAUGUUUAUAGAGACACAAAACCCAAACUUGAUAGCAUCCAGACACCCUACAGAGAGAGAGAGAAAAGGAUUAAGGCGCUCCCACCUCCACCCGCCCUGCCCCUAAAGCAACAAAGUGAACAGCUCGACAAAAUGAUUGAGGAAAUAAAGCUCAAUAGGACGACCAGAGAAGUACCUUUAACCAAAAUCAUUAAAAGAGAAGAUGGCACCAAACAGGAGUAUAAAGAAGCUGUGUCUCUACUGAAGGACAUGAAGGCCAAGUACAAGAUGGUCCAUAGGAAAACAAUGGAACAAGCCGCGACUCUUGGAUCAGAGCUGCCCCCAAACUGAGCCCACACUGGCCCCAGUGGGUCCAGACUGACUGAUGCACAAAGUAAACAUGAACAAUAGCAGCUCAUAAGGGGAUUCUACAACUUGCAUAUUUUUCUUUGCACUCCCAUUUUCUCAAUAGCGUGUCUGAUUUUUAGACUUAUUAUGAACAGUGCAUUUUUGUGGUAACUUAUGGCCAUGAGGGAUCAGCCAAAUAAGAACUUUCAUAUGUGAGUAUUUGCUGCAUUUGGCUGAGGUAUGGAGGUGGAGAGGCAAUUAUGAUUACAAAAACAUUUUCAUAUCAAUGGAUAUAGACUGUGCAAGCACGUUCCACAUCCUGAAAGGUACUUGUAUUUUUCAUCAGUUAUUUUCUCCAGUUUCAUAUUAUAACAUAACUAUCUGCCUAUUUCCAGUCAGUUUGCAUCGUGCUUAGACC